AUGAGAUUCAGAAAGAGUGAGUACAAGAAGGGUUUGUGGACGGUAGAAGAGGACAGGAUCCUCACGGAUUAUGUAAAAGCUCAUGGGAAAGGCCAUUGGAACCGCAUUGCUAAAAAGACUGGUCUGAAGAGAUGUGGAAAGAGUUGUAGGUUAAGGUGGAUGAAUUACCUUAGCCCAAAUGUGAAGAAAGGCAACUUUACUGACCAAGAAGAAGAUCUCAUCGUUAGGCUGCACAAGUUGCUUGGAAAAAGGUGGUCUUUGAUCGCGAAAAGGGUGCCUGGUCGGACUGACAACCAAGUGAAAAACUAUUGGAACACACAUCUAAGCAAGAAACUAGGAAUCAGAGACCAGACAACGAGGAAGUCCAUCAAUGGCGAUGCUCAUGAGUCUCCUACACAAGCAUCCGCAGACAAAUUUUCAAAUGUUAAUGACGGAUGGUUGAUCGGUGAUACCAAUAGAGGAGUAUUGGAUCAGUUUCAAGCACUUCCAACCGGAGAAGGCUGCUAUAUGGACUCUCCUUGGAUUCAUCAUGAUGAUGGUGGCUUUGAUCUCAGCACACUCAACACUAUGAUGGAUUUCAUAGAUGGAGACAUCUUUUGAUGGUGUUUUGGUCCAUGUUUAUCUUGUUCGCUUCUAUAUAUCUGUUUGUAUUAUUUGUUUGGCGUUCCAAGCUGGUCAUCUGUGAUGCAUCAUCGGUUAUGGUAUGAAUAUUAAAUUUGUAUGAUUACUUAAUUAGCUUUUUUUUUAAAAAAAAUGGUUACAAACUAUA